CUCAAAUCUUGUGACACUUUUGUCUACACCCCCUUAACUACUAUCCUCCCAUACUCCAUAAUUUCUAAAAGCCAAAAUGGCCCUGCCCGAAACUCAAGCCGAUAAAACCCUCCAAGAUGCGUGGGACUACAAAGGCCGCCCCGCCGUCCGGUCCUCCACCGGUGGCUGGACGGCGGCGGCCAAGAUUCUAGGAGUGGAGACAUGCGAAAGGCUGACGACGCUAGGCAUUGCGGUGAACUUGGUGACGUACUUAACGAGUACGAUGCAUCUCGGCAGCGCUAGCUCCGCCAACACCGUCACCAACUUCCUCGGGACCUCCUUUAUGCUUUGUUUGCUUGGCGGUUUCGUAGCUGACACUUUCCUUGGAAGGUACCUCACUAUUGCCAUUUUCGCUGCAGUCCAAGGAAUUGGUGUGACAAUUUUAACGAUAUCAACCACGAUCCCGAGCCUCCGUCCCCCAAGAUGCGAUCCGGGUUCGCCAUCGUGUGUUUCUGCAGACGGCAUGCAGCUAGUUGUUCUAUUUACCGCCCUGUACCUCACUGCACUCGGAACCGGUGGACUAAAAUCCAGCGUGUCGGGUUUCGGUUCGGAUCAGUUUGACGAAACACACAAGGAAGAGAAAAUACAAAUGACGAGUUUCUUCAACUGGUUCUUUUUCUUCAUAAGUCUCGGGUCCCUGAUCGCCGUGACAGUGCUUGUUUACAUCCAGGAUAAUCUCGGGAGGCGCUGGGGUUACGGCGUAAUUGCCUGCGCGAUCGGUAUAGGACUUGUGGUAUUUAUAUCGGGGACGAAACAAUACCGGUUCAAGAAACUCAUGGGGAGCCCAUUGACGCAGAUCGCCACCGUUUUUGUCGCGGCUUGGAGGAAGAGAAAUGCCGAAUCACCGUCCGAUUUAUCACUUUUAUUCGACAUCGACGAUAUUGAAAACGAGGGAUCAAAGAAGAAGCAGAAGCUGCCGCAUAGUAAACAGUUCCGCUUCUUGGAUAAGGCUGCCAUCAUAGACACCAACAAUAAAAUGAAUGCAAAAAUGAUACAUGAUAAAUGGUCUCUCUCGACUUUAACCGAUGUUGAAGAAGUAAAAAUGGUGAUCAGAAUGUUACCGAUUUGGGCUACCACAAUAAUGUUCUGGACAGUUUAUGCCCAGGUGACCACAUUUUCGGUUUCGCAAGCCACCACCAUGGACCGUCACAUGGGUAAGUCUUUCCAGAUUCCGUCAGCAUCGAUGACAGUUUUCUUCGUUGGCAGCAUCCUCUUGACUGUCCCUUUUUACGACAAAGUUGUCAUUCCGAUUGCCAAAAAAACGCUGAAACAUCCACAAGGUUUGAGCCCGUUGCAGAGUAUCGGGAUCGGCCUUGUUUUGUCAAUAUUUGCCAUGGCUGCUGCUGCAUUGACAGAAAUCAAAAGAUUAGACGUUGCACGAGAACAUAAACUGGUUCAUAAUCAUAAUGCUGUGUUACCCAUAAGUGUUUUUUGGUUAGUCCCGCAGUUUUUCUUAGUGGGCGCUGGAGAGGCGUUAACUUAUAUCGGGCAGCUUGAAUUUUUCCUCAAGGAGUGUCCUAAAGGGAUGAAGACAAUGAGCACAGGUCUAUUCAUAAGCACACUUUCACUAGGGUGUUUCUUCAGCUCCAUAUUAGUCACUAUCAUUCACAAGAUUACAGGAGAUCAUAAGCCAUGGUUAGCGGAUAACCUUAACGAAGGAAAGCUCUAUAACUUCUACUGGCUGCUGACAAUUCUAAGUAUUUUGAACCUGGUGCUAUUUUUGUUUGGUGCUAAGUGGUAUGUGUACAAGGACAAGAGGCUUGCUGAGGAGGGAAUCGAAUUGGAAGAGGAAGAAGCUGCUCACCAUUAAAGACAAGCUUUUUUUGGCCUAUUUACAGUUUGUGAGCAAUAUUGUACAAAUAAUAUGGUAAAAUGUAUUAGAUCUCAUCCACCAAUGGAACGGAAAGAUGAGGUGUAAUUACACGAGGAUAUAUGCAAAAAUAUCCUUCUUGUAGGACUUAAAAUAAUAAAUUAAUAAUUAAGCAUGCA